CACGCACCACCGUGUUUUCACUCCAGCUUCAGCCCGACAUCGCGCUGCUGCCCGGGGCUGCGGGACUCGUUCUGGGACUAGUUUACCGCGGAGCUCCGCCUGAACCGAGCUCCGUCCGAGGAGCGGGUCUGGGAUUUACUCUGUCCGUUCUCCGGGAGCUGGUCCGGGCUCUAUCAGCUGGAAGUGGCCGCUCCUGCGCUGCGGUUCCCCGGACUGAACCGCGUCCAUCCAGCAACAUUCAACCAGCUGAGAGGAUGAAGGGGAGGAAUCCUAGCAGUUCUAGCAGACUGUAAUAACAGAAAAAUCAACCAUCCUGGCACCGUUGGACCAUACUGAACCCCUCCUGCCUGCAGUGGAGCCCACCAUGAGUUAGGGAGCAUCCAAGACCAUCCCCACCACCGCCUUUCCCACGGCUGUAUCAUUCCCCCUGCUUCAUGAGCCAGCAGGAUGUGGCUGAGGUUCUCGCACUCUCCGAGCGCCUCCUCAUAGCUUCGCACAAGGGACAAGCCGACAAUGUGGUCCAGCUUAUAAACAAAGGUGCCAAAGUAGCUGUCACCAAGUAUGGCAGAAGCCCGCUGCACUUGGCAGCCUACAAAGGCCACAUUGAGGUUGUGCGCCUCCUGCUGAAAGCUGGCUGUGACUUUGACAUCCAAGACGAUGGAGAACAAACAGCGUUACACCGCGCUGCUGUGGUGGGAAACAGCGACGUUAUCAGCGCCCUCAUCCAGGAAGGCUGUGCCCUGGACAGACAGGAUAAGGAUGGCAACACAGCUCUCCACGAGGUGUCCUGGCACGGCUUCAGUCAGUCUGCCAAGCUGCUGGUGAAGGCCGGGGCCAACGUCCACGCCAAGAACAAGGCAGGCAACACUCCCCUCCACCUGGCCUGUCAGAAUGGUCACGCUCAGAGCUCCAAGGUUCUGCUCCUGGGAGGAUCCAGGCCCGACAGCAGGAACCACGGGGGUGACACGUGUCUGCACGUGGCAGCUCGCUACAACCACGUGGUCAUGAUCCGCAUCUUGCUGGGAGCCUUUUGCUCGGUGUCGGAGAAGAACCUGGUCGGGGACACGCCGCUGCACGUGGCGGCUGCUCUGAAUCACAAGAAGACGGUCCGUCUGUUGCUGGAGGCCGGGGCCGACAGCCGCACCUGCAACAACGCCGGUCAGACCGCUCUGCAUCAGGCCCGAGAUCACAACAACCCAGACGUGGCUCUCCUGCUGACCAAAGCCCCCCAGAGCUUUGUCCGUGGCAGGAGUGUGAGGAAGAGACGGGACAAGCUGAAGGCCGAGGGCCGAGCUCAGUCGGUGCCCAGGGAUGAGAUGCUGUCCUGUAAGGACAGUGCGUCUGCAGCAGACGACAGCCAGAGCAGCGAGCGGGCCGCCGGCCAACCAGCGGAGCUGACCGAGCCACAGGCCAGGAGGGGGAAGAACAGGAAGCAGAAAGAGAAGCCCGCUCUCUCCGACCCUCUCCGCCGCAAAGACAGCCGGCCCAGCGAGGCCACUCCCAGGAGGAAGGGCCGACUGCAGCGCGCCUGUGCUCACGCACGCGUUCCUCCUCACAACUACAAGGCUUAUCAGCUGUACACGCUGUACCGGGACCAGGAUGGCAAGAUCAUGCAGGCCCCCCUGAACGGCUGCCGCUGUGAACCUCUCAUCACUAAACUGGAGAACCAGCUGGAGGCCACCAAAGAGGAGAUGAAGAGUGAGAUCCACACGGUGCAGGACCUGCUGAACACCAAGAUGGGCCAGCUGGACCGCAAGAACAAGCACCAGAUCCAAACGGUGGACAAGCUGACGGUGGAGAGGGUUUCUGCGGAGAGGAGCCAGUGUGUGCAGAGGAUGGAGCAGUGGGCCCAGCAGGAGAGACAGGAGGCGGAGAGGAGACAGCAGGGCUCUCUGGUGACGGAGCUGAAGAACUGGUGUCUGUCCAGACUGCAGAACAUGGAGGUGCGCUUCACGGGGGAGCUGCGGCGCUGCUCGUCUGCCGAGGGUCUGGACGAGGCCGCGCUGCCCGCUGAGCAGCCUGCCGCCGCCGUUUCUGCUCAGGCCCCGGAGCUCCCCAGCAGCCCCGAGCCCCUGGAGUCAGGCCGGGGAGACCCCGGCACGGCCGAGGGGGGAACUGCCAACCACUACUUUGUGGUUCACGCGGAGAGCUCUCCAGAUGCUGAUAAAGCUCAGAGAGCAGAGGCCGCUCCCGCUGCCAGGAGCCCGCUCUCCUCCGCUCCGGUGGUCCGGCCAAAAGAGCGGCCAGCCAUGGCUGCAGAUCCCCAGAGGAAGAGCCAGGAGCUGCAGGGUGUGGAUCCGGGGAGGGACGAGGCCGGAGCCGGCAGCAUGUCUCCGGCAGCGGGCCGCCGGCGCAGCGGCAGCGGCAGGGACCGGGGCCUGGAGCGAGGCCGGGACCGGGGCGGGGGCCGCGAGCCAGGGAGGCACCACAGAAAGCACUCCCAGGGCAGGACUAGGUCCAGGGGGGCAGCAGCAGCAGCCGCCACCCCGGGGGCAGCAGCCGCCAGCCCGGGGGCAGCAGCCGCCACCCCGGGGGCAGCAGCCGCCACCCCGGGGGCAGCAGCCGCCAGCCCGGGGGCAGCAGCCGCCACCCCGGGGGCAGCAGCCGCCACCGCGGGGGCAGCAGCCGCCACCGCGGGGGCAGCAGCCGCCAGCCCGGGGGCUUUUGGGGAGGAGCCUGAACAGUUUGCUCAGGAAAGGGACAACAUGCACGCCCUGGAGGUGACCCAGUACUUCUUCGAGGCCGUGUCCACGCAGAUGGAGCGCUGGUACGAGAGGAAGGUGCAGGAGGCUCGCUGGCAGGCCGACCAGCGGGCCCGGGCGGACAAGGCCGCUCUGGCGGAGAGGAUCGCCUGCCUGGAGGACGAGCUGCACUUGCUGAGGACUAACCCCCAUCACGGCUGCUAGCACUGCGCCGCGCCCCGGCGCCGCCACGGACUCUGCAGGAUUACACUCACAUGGGCUUUUAACAGCCAGAACACUGGAGUUAUGACCACAUCGUUGUGUUUUACUGCACUGCUGUUGCAAAAAUGACUCCAUUCACCCUCCCGUUGGGUUUUUACUGAUAGCAUUCGUACAGUAUUGUGACACGUAGCUUCCUUAGUAAAGAGAGGAACUAACAUACAGAGUAUGUGAAUUAACCUCAAAACGCAAAGCUAGUCUUCAAAAAUGAAACAAGAAUGCUGACAAUUGUAAAAGAGGCCGUCUCACUAAGAGCAGCGUCUCCACAUCACCAGUUCGGCCAGAACCCAAAUACUAACUGGUGUAACACUUUAGGAGUGACGUGCACUACGGUAGUGAACGGCUUCUCAUGAGGGAAUCCUAGCAGAAUAAGCUCUGUGUUGGUGUCGCAGCAGGAGGAGCUGCAGCUCGUUCAUGACCAGGGAACUGCAGGGUUAACCACUCUGCCGUACGGCUCGUGUGUCAGCUGGAGUACGACCAGAACGGCCGCUCUGCAGCCGCUUGCCUCCUUUUUAAAAGAAAACACUCUUUUUAAAAAUGACAUUUCUUUGAACUGUACUAGCAGCUGUAGGGGAGACCGGGGCUUGUU